AUGCCUAUCCUGAUCCCUCUCCCCAUCCCAUUCCGCAUUCUCACCAACCGCAUUCUCACCAACCACAUUCUCCUUCCCCACAUUCUCCUUCACCACAUUCUCUUCACCACAUUCUCCUUCCCCACAUUCUCCUUCCCCACAUUCUCUUUCACCACAUUCUCCUUCACCACAUUCUCCUUCCCCACAUUCUCCUUCACCACAUUCUCUUCACCACAUUCUCCUUCCCCACAUUCUCCUUCCCCACAUUCUCCCUCUCCACAUUCGCCUUCCCCACGCCGUCCCUCAGACCAUCGCAGCAUAGCAGCGGCCAAGGCAGUAGCACAGCUGUUAGGACAAGCCGCACGUGCCACAUCGCUUCUCCGUUCCCUCAUCUCUGUCUCUCCUCCCCAUCUCUCGUCUUUUCCUCCGCGCAGCAUAGGGGUGGCCAAGGCAGUGGCGCAGCUGUUAGGCCGCAGCUACGACGAGGUGCUGCUGUCAAUCAAGAAGAUUCCUUUCCUUCAAGACAAGCCCCACGCGCGCCACCAGGGCUUGCUGGCGCGCCACCUCAUGGACCGCCACGUGGCACAGCUGCGUGAGAUGGAGACGCCGUCGCUUGUGCGGGCGGCAUUGAUCGGCUGCUUGUCGCCGGCGCUGAUGGUGGUGGAUGCGGAGGGCGGGCUGAAAGGGGUGGUCAGUCGCACCAGGCUGCUUGCGCUGCUCGCUGCUCAUAACCACACCUGUGAUGCUGCUGCCGCCGCUGCCGCUGCCGCCACCGCUGCUGGUGCGGCUGCUUCUGGUGCUGCUGCUGCUGGUGGUGGCAGCGAUGGUGGUGCCGGCGUUGGUGACAGACGUGAUUCGCCUCGUGCGGCUGCUGCUGCUGCAGGCCCUGCUGGUCCUACUGGUGCUGCGGGUGGUGGUGGGGGCAGUCUGGCACGACUGGGGCGGAUGGCAGGGUUGCGGUUUAGCGGUGUAAUGAAGCGGGUUCCGUGGACGAGGAAAGCGAGAGUUGGGACGGAGGAGGGGGGCGAUGCGAGGAUGGAGGAGGGGAGGAGGGCAGGCGGAAUGGAGGAAGCUAAAGGAGAAGGGAAGGACGAGGAGGACGAUGGGGAAGAGCGGGAGGAAGAGGAGGAGGAGGAGGAGGAAGAAGGUGAGAGCCACGAGUGGGAAACAGAAGCACAGAGGCGCGUGAGGAGAGAGAGACGAAGAGGUCACCGGUACACAGAGGAACUUGCGCAGAAGCUUCUGACGUGCCACGACGACAGCGAGACGGGAGAGGAGAGGCGGAUGAGGGAGAUGGUGCGGAGGGAGGGCGAGGAGCGGCUGUUGGACCGCACUCUGCUGGCCAUGGAGACCAAUGCCAGGCUGGCGGACCAGCAGUGGGCGGCAGAAGACGCGCUCUGGGCGGCAGCACCGUCUUUGCACAGCGCUCCUGCUGUCGCUGCCACUGCUGGGGCUGCUGGCAGCGGUGCUGUUGGGGGUGCUGCUGCUGCUGGCGGUGCUGCUGGCUCGGCUGCUGGAUCUUCACAACGAGACGGAGUGGGGAAGGUGGAGCAUGCGUUCAGUACUGAUGUGCAUGGGCAUGGCCAUGGGCACGGGCAGCUAGCAGUAGCCCCUGCAGGCAGUGCUGAUGGUAGGAGCUGGCAGAUCCCCAGCACAGGCAGUCACAGCCCUCUUCCCCCUCGCCCCCCUUCUCUCGUUUCCACCCCUCCUGCGCCUGUGCCUGCUGUUGUUGCUGCUGCUGCUGCUGCUGCUGCUGUUGCUGCGCCAGAUGCGCCCUCGAACGCUGCUGCUUCUGAUGCUGCGUCUGAUGCGUGUGCCACAUCGAUGCAGCAACAGCAGCAGCAGCAGCAGCAUCAGCAGAAGCAGCUAGAGGAGGGAGCGAGGAAAAGUUUCGAGGUUGAAGGAGGGAGUGAAGAGACAUCAAACGCCAGGGAGAGGGUAGAAAAGGAGGAGGGGGUGGGGGGCGCAGAGUGCAGCAGGGGGGCGGUGGGGGCGGUGGUGGGAGGCGGGGAGGCGGAGGUGCUAUUAGAUGUGACGGCCAUCAUGGACCCCUUCCCCUUCCACGUGCCCCUCUGCAUGCCCAUCCUCCGCGUCUUCCCCCUCAUGCGCAAGCUCAACCUGACGUACGUGUGUGUGGUCGACAGCACAGGCCAGCCGGCGGGGUUGAUAACCCGAGCGCACCUGAUAGACGCCAAGCCAGUGCACGCCAGCGUCACCACGUGGGGCCACUUCGGCCUGCCCUCCUUCCGCCUCUCCCGCCGCUUCUCCUCCUCCCGCCCCUCUGUCGCCUCCCUCACCCCGGAAGCCACCCAAGCCGCCCGCGACCGUGCCGCCCGUAUCCUGGCGGCUCUAGACCCAGAUGCUCUGGCCAUGGGGGACACGGUGCAGCAGCAGGCAGAGGCGACUGAGAGAGUGAAUCUGGCGUCCAUGCUGGCUGCUAUGGACUCUGUACGACACUUGUACCUGCAACCAGGCCCAGAGCAUGAUGCUGGGAGGAUGGAAGGGCAUGGCGAGGGGAUGAAUGGGCAGGAGGGGAGUGGUGUGGAGGGGGGAGUGGACGGGGAGGAGGGGGGGAGGGGGAGCGAGCGAGGGGAGAGGGAGCGGGGGGAGAGGCGAGGGGCGAGGGAGGGGCAGAGGAGGUGGGCAGGGAGGGUGUCUCCGAGGGAGAGGUGGAGGAAGGCGGUGAGGCUGGUGCUGGAGAGCCUGCGAGCCCAGGCUGCCGCGGCUGCCCUGGCUGCUGCCGCCCGCUCCCAACGCAACCUUGCCCUGCUGCCUGCUGCUUCUGCUGGCGGUGGGGUUGGGGGUGGUGCAAGCAGGGAAGCUUCUGGUGUUGCGGGCAGAGGGAGGGAUGGUGGUGCUGUAAGAGUGAGGGAAGCAGGUGGUGGAGGCGGUUCAGAGCACAAGGGAGGGAAGGGUGUGAAGGGGGAAGGGAUGGAGGGAGAGGGGAAGGCAGGGGAAGAGGGACGAGGGGCAUCAGUGAGGCAUGUGCAUUGGGGAGGGGAGGAGGGGAUGAGAGGGGGGGUGGGUCAAACCCUGGGUGAUGAUGGUGGGGAAGAAGGUGCAGCGGGGGACAUGCUGGUGGUGAGGGAGGAUGCAGGUGAGGGAGAGGAGGAGCGGGAGCAGGAGUGA